AUGUCGACGCACAAACACGAAUCUGGGAAUGCCAACGACUCGCCAUCGAGGCUACCUAGGCCUCAUCCUUUCAGCGUUGUGUCGCUGAUGUGCGACCGUGAUUUACAAAAGCCUCGCUCGAGUCCAACGUCGAGCAAAUCCGAACACAAGUUCUCAGUCGAAAGUCUUCUUCAGCACGGCUGUAGCAAGGAACAGCAAACGAGUUUGACGCUUGCAGAGCCGAUCAAGCGAAAUCUUAACGGAGUCGAGGAACGUGUGAUCAAAGAUGGUUUCUCAUCGUGGCUAAACUCUCCGAGAUACAGCCCAGCAAGAAUUCGCACGCAAAUCAGCCCGACCAAAUGUCAACUUCGCAAACACAAGACAAAUCGUAAGCCACGGACGCCAUUCACGACAACACAGCUUCUGGCAUUGGAGAGAAAGUUCCGUCAAAAACAAUACUUGUCUAUCGCCGAGCGCGCCGAAUUCUCGUCGUCCCUCAAUCUCACGGAGACACAGGUCAAGAUCUGGUUUCAAAAUCGCCGAGCAAAAGCGAAGAGACUUCACGAGGCCGAAAUUGAAAAAUAUAAGUUGGUCACGAAACCGAUACUGCUUCCGCCAAGCGUACCGAUUGCACCCCCGUCGUAUGCCACUACACGAAGUACCUGCACGACAGGAUGUCCGCAGACUCAUCCCCAUGGUCUGCACUCCCCUGUUCAUUAUUCCCCUCAAGGACAAUCCCCGUAUGUUGGUAUGAACUGUCCCACAAUGCAUCACCACGCAAUACCGCCAGGCUUCGGACUUAUGUGUGGACCAACGCGGGCUCCAAUAGCGGACCUGAGUCAUUUUGUAUUCCCAUAAAUCCGUCAAAAACACUGGUCUUGCAAAGCAAGUGGAUUGUGCAUCUUUGCACUUGCUAGAUUUGUCUAAGUCCACAAAAACAAUACUGUAGCUUUAAAACUCCCCCAUCGAAC